AUGGCCGACGCAGCCGAGGGAGCCCAAGGCGACUCCCACGUCACCUUCAAGGUGAAGACCUCGGGCGACAGACAGCAUACCAUUACCAUGGCCGAGUCUGCCACUGUCGCCGACCUCAAGGCGAAACUCGCCGGUGCCGAUUUCGAAGACAUCCCGCCCGAGCGCCAGCGCCUCAUCUACUCGGGCCGCGUCCUGAAGAACGAGGAACCCCUCAGCACCUACAAGAUCAAGCCUGGGAACACUGUCCACCUGGUCAAGAGCGCCGCCAGUAAUCCCGCCCCGGCCCCCUCCUCGUCCUCCACUUCAACCCCCGCCGCACCUCAGAUCCCCACCAACAUGGCUGCCGGCACCGCCAACAACCCUCUGGCCGGCCUGACUGGCGCGCGCUAUGCUGGCUUGACCAACUUGCCUUCGGCCGACAUGUUCGGUCCCGACGGGGGUAUGGUGGGGUCGAUGAUGGACGAAGAUCAACUGGCCAAUAUGCUCAACAAUCCCCACGUUGCCCAGCAGAUGAACGAAAUGAUGAACAACGACCAAUUCAUCGACAUGAUGAUUCAAUCUAACCCGAUGCUACGCAACAACCCUAAUGCCCGUGAGAUGGUUCGCUCACCAUUUUUCCGUCAGAUGAUGACCAACCCAGAUGCCCUUAGAAGUGCAGCUCGGAUACAACGCAUGAUCAGAGGUAAUAGCGGCGGCCAAGGCGCCUUCCCCAUGCCUGGCGUAACAGACACCACACCUGGCGCCGCGAACAAUAAUAAUAACAAUGCUACAAACAUGGGUGGCACAGAAGAGAGCCCGCAGGAAAUGCUCGCGACUCUGCAAUCCCAACUUAGUGCCCUCCAGAACCUCCAGUCUCUCCAGUCCCGUUCUCUAGCGCGAGAAAACACGGGCACUCAGGCGACCAACAACAACACUUCCACAAACAGCAAUGCUAGCGGCGCUUCGCCCACGCCAGGUGCGCAAGGUGCCUCAAGCCCACCACCUAACCCAUUCGCCAGCCUAUUCGGCGGCCUUGGCGGCAGCCUCGGCGCAGACCAGAAUGCUGCAAACAAUCCUCUCGGUCUGCCGCCUAUGAACCCGGAGAACCUGCAACAGAUGAUGCAGCUCCUAGGAAUGGGCGGCGGCGCAGGCUCGCCACCAGCUCCCCCAGACAACCGACCGCCCGAGGAGCGAUACGCAGAACAACUGCGUCAACUUAACGAAAUGGGCUUUUAUGAUUUCGAUCGGAACGUCGCAGCGCUGCGACGCAGUGGCGGCAGUGUACAGGGCGCCAUCGAGCACCUUCUAAGCUCGUAG